AUGAAUAAAUUCUUAGUAUACCUUUUCUUCGCUCUCGUAGCUACAUCUUUUGUUCUCGCUGCUCCAGCAGCUGACUUUGAAAGACGUAAAUAUCAACCAACUACCAAAUACUGUACUACAACCGUACCAACAACCAAAUACUGUACUACAACCGUACCAACCACCGUUUACUGUACAACAACAGUACCCACUACUGUCACUUGUUAUAAAACCUUAGACCCUAUUACUUUAGACCCUGUCACCAAAACCUGUACUGUAACCGCAGCCCCAGUCACCAAAACCUGCACUGUAACCGUGACUCUCGCCCCUCUUACCGUGACUGCUGAUCCAGUCACCAAAUACUGUACCGUCACCGCCGAACCAGUCACCAAAACCUGUACUGUAACUGUAACUCUCGCCCCUAUUACCGUAACUGCUGAACCAGUCACUAAAUACUGUACCGUGACCGCAGAUCCAACAGUCACCUGUACCACGACCAAAACUUGUUCCACGACUAUACCUCCUAGAAUGGUUUAA